CGAGGAGGUGUCUGUUUACAUCUUUCAAUCCUGGUGAAUAUAAAAGCUACUUCAAAAUUAUUUGAUCAGGCGCAUUUUCUGGGAAAUCAUAAGUCCCAUGUGGAAUUAGCGGUGUAUGCCAUGGGCUGUUUUCAUUUUUCUUUGUCAAACUACGAGCGUGCAGGACGGUUUUUUAGCAGGGCGACGGAACUUGACGCCUCCUUUGCCGAGGCCUGGAUUGCCUAUGGUCAUUGCUAUGCAAAACUAGAGGAAGGUGAACAAGCCUUGGAUGUAUAUAGAAGGGCAAUGAAUUAUUUUCCAGGUCUUCCUUCCUGUAGCAUGUUUGUGGGAAUGCAAUAUGGUAGGAUACAUCAGUGGGGCUUGGCGUCAUAUUUUCUUGAACAAGCUAGAAAAAUUGUUCCAAAUGACCCUUUUGUGCUAAAUGAGAUUGGUGUCUUAAAUGCUAAAACUCAAAGGUUACCAGAGGCGCUCAGUUUUCUUAAGAUGGCUUAUCAAUCCCUUUCUAACCCUGAAAACCCGUCAGAACAUCGAGACUGCAUAAUUUUCAACUUGGCCACAGUUUGCCGAAAAAUAAAACAGUAUGAUGAGGCCUUAUCAUUUUAUACUCUGUAUGUCAAAUGCCGACCCAAUGCUAGUCAUGGUCAUUGUGCUUUGGCCUUCACACAUCAUUUAAUGGGUAACGUAAAGACAGCAAUAGCGCACUACCAUACAGCUUUGAGCAUCAAGGCAGAUUCGUUCUGUCGUGAUAUGCUUGAUCGUGCUUUGGCGACAGAGUUUAAGGAGAAUGCAGUGGGGACUGCUUGGAGGCCGGAGGGGAGCUUGGGUUCUCCUUCUCCAGAUGAUGUGUCUUUUUCCACCGUAUCACGAACUCUUCGUUCAGAGUCAACGGCUUGUGAGAGUAUGGGACCCUCACCUGGCCCAAGUCUUGGAAGAAGCUUGCCUUUUUAA